CUUUCCCACGCUUGAACCAGAAAUCCUAACCCUAAUUGACUCUCAUCCAAGCCAGUACAAUCCCACACGGAGAACACGGAAUUCGUACCAAGAACCUUCUCGAACCGAGCCAGGUUUUACCACUUCGUUCUUCAUCUCGUCAUUUCCCCCAAAUCAGAAUUUCAUUCCAAAUCCGAGUUCAAUUCGUACAUUACUCAAAUUUUCAUCAGGAAUCCCCCCUCGAUUUCCCCCCAAAUCCCUCAAAAAUCCUAAAAUCUCUCUCGAAAUAUUGGAAUUCAAAAGCUUCUUUUGCGGCGAAGCUCAUCGUUUCGAGGUCGUUGUUCCGGUGUCGCUGAGGAAUAAAGUAGAAACAUUUCUCUUCGUGGGUGCUAAACUUGGGUUUCAACUUGCUGCUGAACUGUGGAUUGUAAACAAGGUUCAGGUCAACUUUAGUCUGUUGAUUUUUAAGUUUGUUCACGAAGCUAUUGCUGGAGAAGAUUGAUUUCUCAUGGAAAUAACUCUUGAAGAACUUUUCACACAACAUGAUUAAGCAAAAAGAACUGAAAUGUUGUCCAAAAAAUGGUUGAUCAUGGCGAUGUUGUGCAAAGUAGUGUUCAAUUGAUUGGUGAUAUGGUUGAUGCUGUAGAUAAGUCAUGUCACAGUAGGGAUGGCGGAGUUUCUCGUUCUCCAAAGAGAAGUAUUACUGGAGUUGAAGAACAUGCAGAUUUUGAGCCACAUGAUGGGAUAGAAUUUGAGUCCCAUGAGGCUGCGUAUGCAUUUUACCAAGAGUAUGCCAAGUCCAUGGGAUUCACAACCUCAAUUAAGAACAGCCGUCGCUCCAAGAAAUCAAAAGAAUUUAUCGAUGCUAAAUUUGCAUGUUCUAGAUAUGGCACGACUCCAGAAUCAGAUACUGGCAGUAGUAGGCGUCCUAGUGUCAAAAAGACUGAUUGCAAAGCAAGCAUGCAUGUUAAGAGAAAGCGUGAUGGAAAAUGGUAUAUCCACGAGUUUAUAAAAGAUCAUAAUCAUGAGCUUUUACCAGCCUUGGCUUAUCAUUUCCGAAUCCACAGGAAUGUUAAACUUGCAGAGAAAAAUAACAUUGAUAUUCUUAAUGCUGUUAGUGAACGAACAAGAAAGAUGUAUGUUGAGAUGUCUAGACAAUGUGGUGGAAGUCAAGAAGUUGGCUUGCUGACUAAUGAUUUAAAUUACCAGUUUGACAAAGGUCGGUGCUUGUCAUUAGAAGAGGGAGAUGCUCAAGUUAUGCUCGAGUAUUUCAUGCAUAUCCAGAAAGAAAAUCCAUAUUUCUUUUAUGCAAUUGAUCUCAAUGAAGAUCAACGCUUAAGGAACUUAUUCUGGAUUGAUGCCAAAAGUAGGAAAGACUAUGUCAGCUUUAGUGAUGUGGUUUUCUUUGAUACCAGCUAUAUGAAAAGCAAUGAGAAGAUGCCGUUUGCUCUUUUAAUUGGGGUAAACCAUCAUUGUCAACCUAUGUUGCUUGGAUGUGCACUUAUAGCAGAUGAGACCAAACCAACAUUUGUGUGGUUAAUGAAGACGUGGCUUAGAGCAGUGGGUGGGCAGGCUCCAAAAGUGAUAAUCACUGAUCAAGAUAAGUCACUCAAAUCCGCUCUUGAAGAAGUUUUCCCAUGUUCAAGUCACUGCUUUGCGCUUUGGCAUGUGCUUGAAAGAAUCCCGGAAAUACUUGCUCAUGUAGUAAAGCAGCAUGAGAAUUUCAUGCAAAAAUUCAGCAAGUGUAUAUUUAAGUCGGUAACUGAUGAACAAUUUGAUUUAAGAUGGUGGAAGAUGGUUAGCAGAUUUGAACUGCAAGAGAAUGAAUGGAUUCAUACACUGUAUGAGGACCGCAAAAAGUGGAUUCCAGCUUACAUGAGAGGCAGUUUUAUGGCUGGAAUGUCAACAGCUCAACGGUCGGAGAGUGUAAGCUCCUUCUUUGACAAGUACAUUCAUAAGAAAAUCAGUCUCAAAGAGUUUAUGAGACAAUAUGGAAUGAUUCUGCAAAAUCGAUAUGAAGAGGAAUCAAUAGCAGACUUUGAUACAUUGCACAAACAACCAGCUUUGAAAUCACCUUCACCGUGGGAAAAGCAGAUGUCAACAAUUUAUACACAUACAAUCUUUAAGAAAUUUCAAGUUGAAGUAUUGGGUGUAGUUGGGUGUCAUCCAAAGAAGGAAGCUGAAAAUGGGGAAAAUGUAACUUUUAGAGUUGAUGACUGCGAGAAAGAUGAAAAUUUUAUGGUCACGUGGAAUGAGGCAAGAUCAGAUGUUUCUUGUUCGUGCCUUCUAUUUGAAUACAAUGGUUUCCUCUGUAGGCAUGCAAUGAUUGUUCUUCAGAUGUGUGGUCUUUCAAUCAUCCCAUCCCAAUAUAUUUUGAAGAGGUGGACCAAAGAUGCAAAGAAUAUACAGUUAAUGUUUGAGGGGACUGAAAGAAUUCAAACCAGAGUACAAAGAUACAAUGAUCUAUGUAGAAGGGCAAUUGAACUGGGUGAGGAGGGUUCUUUAUCUGAGGAGAGUUACGGCAUUGCCUUCCGUGCCCUAGAUGAAGCUCUAAAGAACUGUGUGAAUGUUAACAAUAGAAGUUCUGCAUUAACAGAAUGUAGUAGCAGUGCUGUUGGACUUUGUGAUCUUGAAGAAGAUACUCAAGGGAUUCAUGCUACCAAAACAAGUAGGAAGAAAAAUACAAACAAGAAACGGAAGGUGCACUCUGAACCAGAAGCUGCAAUCGUUGAAGCUCAAGACAGCUUACAACAAAUGGAUAAUCUUACUGUGGGUGGAAUGACGUUGAAUGGCUAUUAUGGUACACAUCAGAAUGUGCAGGGACUGAUACAGUUGAAUUUGAUGGAACCUCCCCAUGAUGGCUAUUAUGUUAACCAACAGACUAUGCAAGGACUGGGACAACUCAAUACAAUUGCACCUGGCCAUGAUGGUUUUUUUGGGUCUCAACAAAGCAUUCCAGGACUAGGGCAUUUGGAUUUUAGGCAGCCGAGCUUCACAUAUGGUUUGCAGGAUGAGCCUAGUCUAAGAGCUGCUCAGCUGCAUGGAAACAAUGCUAGAUGAUUGCUCAUCAAUUUUUUGUUUAUGGAUAUCCAAGUGUUUCCUGCUUCUAGAUUAGGGUUUUGUUACUGCUGUAAUUCAUGCACUCAUUUGUUCCAGCUAUUUAUGAUGCAACAAUAUGCAUCUCCAAAAGUUCACCUGCACCUACAAUGCUGAAACUCUUCAACGGGCAGCCUUCUGUGGUGCAUGUGUAUCUCAAGCAGCAUGAGAUGAAGGAUCUGCCUGAAAAUGAUGAUGCCAUAGCCCAAUGGUGUAGAGAUAUCUAUGUGGCUAAGCACUUUUGGUGUUGUCUUGUGACCUGCUUUCCACCAGUAAGUUAUUGGACAAACAUAUUACCGAAGACACUUUUGGAGAAGAAAAGUUGCAAGGCAAUGCCACCCAAUCAAAUCCCUUGUGAACCAUAAAAAUCUUACAAGCAACUGCCUUGUUGUCGUCAUGGAAGGGUGUUGCAAUAUCAGCUGCUCUCAUGACUGUUACAGUUCUCAUGCAAAUUUUGAUUAAUUUCUCGAAGUCAGAACGCUCUACAGCUGCCCAAGGUUGCAUCUGGAAAGAUAAAGAAUGUGAAUCAGGCUUUUAGAGGAAAUGGGCAGGAGGACAAAAUACACUAAUAGUGAUUUUCAUCGGAUAUGGUAAAUGAACCCUAAGGUUAUAGCCUUGAUCAUGAGAAUUGCAAAGAUGUUUGUAAUAUGUAGUAAGCUGCGUGUCUAUUUUAGACCCGUAAUUAUUUGGCUAAAGUGAACUAACUUGUGUUCAUUUUUGUUUCUAAAGAUGCAGAUUCCAUGUUUGGUCUAA